AUGGCAAAGUGGCUUAGUGAAAUGGCUGAAAGAGGCUUUGGCUUGAAACCUGGGGAAUUUUUAGAUUUUGUGGAAAGCGUGGUGAAAAGAGAAAAUAGAAAGACACCGUUCAAAAAUAAUAGGCCCAGCUAUGAUUGGUAUUAUAAGUUUUUAUCUAGAAAUUCUCAUUUGAUAAAAUCUAGAAAAGAAACCCCACUCGAAACAUGCAGAGCAAAGUUAUCAAAGGAGAAAACAGACAAGUGGUAUUCCAAAUUUAAGUCUUUCCUUAUUGAGAAAGAACUUGUAGACAAACCGGGACAAAUAUGGAAUGCAGACGAGACAGGUUUUAGUGUUGGCAGUGUAGCUGGUAAAGUAAUUGGCCCAGCAAAGAAAGGCCAAGUCCCACAUCUCUCGGGUGGACACAGCAAACAGAGAUUUACUGUAAUGUUCUGUGGAGCAGCUGAUGGCCGAAUGAUACCACCCUUCAUUGUUUUCCCAGAACCCAAACCAAAAGGGUAUAAUCCUUUGUCAGCAGGUCUUGAAGGAGGUGCAGCUGCAUAUACCAAAAAAGGAUGGAUGGAUUCUGUUACUUUCAAAGUUUUUCUUGAACAUUUCAACACUUUUGCUGGCAGUGAGCGACCUAUAGUGCUUCUAUUUGACAGUGUCAGUAGCCACAUUGAUAUGAAAACAUUUGAAUUUGCCAAACAGAAGGGAAUAGAAUUGUAUCGUCUUUUGCCAAAUGCAACUCACGUUAUGCAACCCCUUGACGUAGGUGUGUUUGGACCUCUAAAAACACGAUGGCACCAAGUUGUAAGAAAACACACUCGUGAAAAUCCAGGGACUCCUAUAGGAAAAGAUAACUUUGCUGAGAAACUGAAAGAAGCGUUUCUACUUUUCUACAAACCCUUAACUGUGAUAAACAGCUUUAGAUCUUCUGGAAUUUACCCUGUUGAUGGAAAUAUCAUUACAGUAGACCAGUUAAAAAGUGGAUUGACAUUUGAAAGUAUGUUAACUGAUGACUCUUCACCAACAACCAGUGGGGGAACGUCUUCAACACAAGAACAAAUCUCAGGAACAAAGGACAUAAAUGAAGAAGAAAAGAUGAAAAUUGCUUUUGAGGCCUUUCAGAGUGUUUUAACCACACCAGUUCGAGACAAGUAUGAAGAAAGGCUUAGAGAGGGAUAUGAUGUAGAGGGGAAAUCACCAGGCUUUGAUGCCUAUCGAAAAUUGCACAAGAAAUCCCGUCCAUCUGCUUCCAAAAUUAGAGAUUUGCAGUCUAACAUGGAGGUGCCAUCAGGACUGGAUUUACUUGCCUCUGUAGCAGCCGUCAGUGACAAUCAGAUUUUAAACACAGAAGAGUGCAGCACAAGUACCAGUGAAAGCACUAGUAUAUCUCCAGUGUUGAAAGGCAUGUUAACAUUUCCUCAUGCUGAUGAAUCCAAAAAAAGAAAAAGAAUUUCUAUUCAGUCCACCUUGCCAGACAAUUUAACUUCCCCCGAGUCCUUACGACUGAUGGCUUUGAAAGAUCUAGAAAAAAUCAGAGCAUUUGCAGAAAAAGAAAGAAAAGCAAAAGUCAUAUUCAUGAAGAAAUUAUUACCUAUAGGUAGCAGUAAGGCAUCAAAUCAAAGGAAACAAAGAACAAGUCAAGUAACAAGUAAAUCUUGAACAAAGAAAGCAGAGAAAACAGAUGAGAAAAUCUUUUGCAUAGGAUGUCACAUGUCUUGGGAUGAGGAUCAAGAAAUAGCAGCAGGAACCCUCUGGGUUCAGUGCGAUCAGUGCCAGAACUGGCUGCAUUCUGACUGUUGUGGCUCUGAUAUUGGAGAUAUCGAUUCUGAUCCUUUCUUCUGCCCUGAAUGUAUCUAGUAAAUCAUGCUAAGACUUGAGUGUAUGUUUUUUAUUUAUGUGUGUCAUUUAUACAUGUAUAUAGUUGAAAGAUCAUUAUUUGAUAUGAAAAGUGUAAGGUAAUUAAUACGGUAAAUUAAGACCUUUGUUUGUUUGUUUUUUACAGAGGCCGACUCCCAAAGAAAGGUCAGAAGUUGUUGAUUCCUUACGUGAUGUGUCAAGUGUUACAGUACGAAAACAUUUUUUAUUAGAGAACUGUGUAAUUAAGGGAUAUCACAAGUUCCAAAUUAGACCACCUGAUACAGAUCCCCAUACAAUGCUCCCGGUGGACAGAGAGUACACAAACACUCAUGAUCCUAACGCAUGCCUCAUUUGGAUUCCACCACUGGACACUUUUAGUCGGGAAAUUCAUGAGACUGUUACCGAUGCUAAAAGAGGUCUAUUACUUCAAGAUGUAGCUGGUCUUCCGAUAGGUCAUAUUCCUUUGGGUUUGUCCAGUUCCUUCCGAAAAAUUCUUGACGAGAAAGGAGAUAUAUUUGCUGAGGCAACUGGAGAUCCUACUCCUAGCUUUCCACCAUGGCCAGCUCCUACAGAUUGUGGCGGAGGGACUGUGAUACCGUGCAAUUACCACAUUUUUCAUAUUCACAAAGACUUUGUCAUGAAUUUGUUGAGACAGGCACUAAUUAAUAUGCCAGAGGGGGAGUUCAUAAGAUUACAAUUAGUUUAACUUGCAUGGUCCUACAUUUUGCAUGGUGCUAUAUUGGUGCAGUUAGGGAAAUUUCCCUUUCCUUAUAUCAAGACACUAUUUUUUUGCAAUUUUCUCCUUUUUUGAAAAGGAUUUAUAUAAGUGAUAAGUGUGGUGAAAUAAAGGUACGUGUUGUACAUGAUAUUACAACAUGUAUUUCAUUAUAUAGUUCUACUACUUAGUUUUUGAAUCUAAUUAGUUUUUGUAUUUAAUAUUUUUAUUAUUUUUUUUUUUCAUUUUGCCAAGAUGUGCCAAAUAUUUUUCCCCCUUUGUUUGUAUGUUUUACAUUUUUUAAAAGUCAAGAUAGGACAUUUUUAUACCUGCCUAUUUUAUUUUGUUUUCAAUUUUGUUAAUAAAAAAGUUCAAACUGUGUCUCUAUUCUUGUUAUGAUAUUCUGAUCAAUAUACUGUCUUGUCUUAUCGUUUAUAAUGAUUUUUGAGACCAACCCCCUUAUUGAAAUGACGAUUACCGGAACUACUUGAAAAAUACGAAACUACUUGAAAUUUGUGAAAUUUAUUUUCGGAAAUUUGGCUAUGUAUUUCAUCGUUUCCAACAAAAUCUUUUGGUGUGUUUAGCAAGUGAUUGGAGGAGUAUUUGAUUCAUCUUAGAGCUGAGAGAUAAGUACAUCCAAACGAAAGUAAUCGAAUUUCCCCCCCGAAGAAUCCGGAACUGCUUGAAUC